AUGCGCCCUAAUUUUGUUCGGCUCGUCGUCAGUCAGCUUCUUGUUCAGGUAGCCACCGGACUCAAGAACCCGAUUCUUCCAGGAUGGAACCCAGACCCCUCGAUUCUUCGGGUUGGUAGCAACUACUUUCUUACCACCUCUUCUUUGGAGUAUCGGCCAAGUACGCCAAUUUACACAUCCACGGAUCUCGGUAAUUGGACGUUGUACGCUCAUGCAAUCACGAGACCUAGCCAAGUGCAGUUGUACGGCGUCCCUACGGGGGCUGGUACAUGGGCCCCAACAUUGUCAUAUAUCAACGGACUGUAUUACCUGGCAUCCAUGACUCGAUGGACCUAUGACCCUGUUGCUCGUGUAUGGCCCCGCGUGAUCUGGUCCGUGUCCGAGGAUCUCAAGACGUGGAGCGAUCCGAUCUGGCCCGAUUGCUGGGGGAUUGAUCCAUCCUUGUUUCAAGACCCGGUCUCCAAGAAGGUCUACCUCAACCUGAUGGCGCCGAAUAACGACGUUGACAGAAUCUGGGGAUCUACCAGUGCGAGGUCGACCUCAGCACCGGGCGAUGUACGGGGCAGUGGUACUGAUGAUCUCCAUCGUGCGACAACAGCGCGUUCAUCGUCGCCUGAGGGUCCCUGGGAGUUGAACCCAAACAACCCAAUCCUGUUCAACGGUCAGUACGGUUAUGACAAUCUGACGGUGCAGUCCACCGGCCACGGUACCAUUUUCGAUACGCCGGACGGCUUGUCUUAUAUUGCGUACCUGGCACGUCGCAAGAUCAAUGGAUCCUCUCCAUUAGGCAGAGAGACUUUUUUAUCCCCAGUCACUUGGCAACCAGUGCUCCUAAGUGAGCCAAUUGGCAAUUUGACGGACACAUAUGAUGUGCAAGAAUCAUCGUCCAGGGAUUCCUUUGAUGAAGGCAUCCUCGACCCUUCUUGGUAUCAACUUCGCACUCCCUAUACUCGGAACUUUGAGCUCAAGAAGAGUAGCUCCGGGGGCCUCGUUCUCCGACCGAAUGUGUUUGGCCAUCGCGACACCCCAGCUGCUAUUUUACGCAAGCAGAGAUCCUUGAAUAUGACCUUCAGUGCACGACUGCUGCCAACAUCCUCUGGCCUCGGGUACGGUGAGAUUGUCGGAAUCAGCGCCUAUCUGAGUGAGCUGCAACACCAGGAUAUCGGUGUGUCCGGCUGUGUAAAGAGGACAGGAAUGUGUAUCUACACCAAGCUAACGAUGAAUGGCACGACCCAGUAUACCCAGGUGCCGCUAAAUUCGUCGACGAUCCCAUCCGACCUGACGAUUCACAUUCGAGCUGAGCCUCUGUGCUACCAUCUUGGGUACAGUAUGAGUACGAAUGGUCCGACAACAUGGUUGGCCGCAAUAUCGUCGUCGUGGAUGGCUUUCGCGCCCGAGAAUUACUUUGUAUUCGCCGGCGCCAGCUUCGCACUGUUUGAGGCCGGGACUGGAAUGCCCUCGCCGCCCCAUGCACCUGAUGUUGGCUUUGCGGAGGUCCAGGAAACGUAUUUUGAGGAGGAAAUCCCGGACUAG